UGAAGAGAUUGCCAUACAUCCCCAUUGCCUGAACAACAUGUCAGGAUGAUGACAAUAGUAUAAUAAUACGCCUAGACUUACAGAGCUUUAAGGGAACCCUAUGAGUCAUCUAGUCAAACUCUCUCUCUCUUUCUCUCCCCCCCCCCAUAUACAUACACAUAUAUUUCUGCUCCAUCUCACUUCUGUAUUGGGCUUUGAGACUUUCUCUUUCUUUCCCAUGUGGAAUUUCUGUAUUUUUUUCAUACUUAGAAAAAAGUGUCUUUGCCAGCAAUCGGCUUUAGGCUAUAUGAAAGAUAGCAAGGAAUGCCGGGGGCUUCAGAUAGACGCCCUUCUGAUUCCUUUCCCUCAAAGUGAACAAAAGCCAUUUUUGGAACCCAAAUGCCAAAGAUGGGGAACUUUGGACGGCCAGGUGUUUGGGACUCAGAUUCCCAUCAUCCCUUGCAACGAGCCAUGAGGGCUUCUGGGGUCCGAAGUCUGAAACCCCAGGAGGGUCAAAGGGGUUCUUCACGUGGGAGGGAGGCUUCCUUGGAAGACGAAUCACAGAUGGGUGACGGUGGAAGAGAUCUCUGUACCAUCAAGAGCAGCAGGAGUGCAGGGUUGUGGGAAAGAAAGAGGCAGUGCACCCUGGAUGAACACACAGUCUACUCAGAGGCCCCGUGCCAGCGCUUUAGGGAGUUCUCCUACAAUCAGGCAGAAGGCCCCCGAAAGAUUUGUGCCGGACUCCACCUUCUUUGCCAUCAGUGGCUGAAGCCAGAAAGGCACACCAAGGCUCAGAUCCUGGACCUGAUAAUCUUGGAGCAGUUCCUGGCCAUCCUUCCCCCGGAGAUGUCCAGCUGGGUGCAGGAAUGUGGAGCAGAGACCAGUUCCCAGGCGGUGGCCCUGGCCGAAGGCUUCCUCCUGAGUCAGGCAGAGGAGAAGAGGCAGGAAGAGAAGAAGGUAAGAGCCUUUCUUUCUGAUGAUGGUGAAGUAGGGGCGGGAAGCUUAUGGUCUCUGUACCCAUUCAGGUGCUGGGGAAAAUAUGCCCCAAUUCUAGAGAUUGUUGGAGAAUCUCCCUCAUUGCUAGUGGACAGGUGUCCGCUAUUCCUCACAUAAUAGAACUUCAUCCAUCAAGAUUUCUGCCUAUCCUUUUUGUUUUUCUUUUCCAUUUCCAAAUUCCAUGGCUUGGACCCUCGGCUGCUAAAUCAGACCAGAAACCUCUUAGUGGGAGUUCAGUGUGAUUUCUUUGCAACAGAGAAGACUCUACUGGACAGCAGAAAUAAUAUUUUCCCA